AGACGAUGAAAGAGGAGGCGUAGCACGAGCCGCGAGAACGCGACACAGGCGGAAGUUACACAACACCAACGCGACCCAAAGACGAGAAGACAAGACGACGAGGUGAUGAUUAAACCUAUACCUCACAUACCGAGACCAUAUAUAUAUGUAUGUCUGUAUCUCAGCACAGCGAUGUAAGUAGGAGAAGAGCGGGAACUUUUCCGGAUGCCAGACGAGUCUUCGGUUCUACGUUGGUAUAUCUCCCCCUCUCUAACUUGACGCGAGGGGUUUGGUAUAUGUGUUUCGCGUCGGGAUGGUGUGUGUGUAUAUGUAUGUAUAUGGUCAUGGAUGUGUAUAUGUACACUCCUCCAGUAUCGUCCUAUCCUAUCCCAUUCCAAGUCACCCCAUCUCAUACUAACCACCUGCCAUCCCCUUUCGCAUUCUUUCCAAAUCCCAGAAUGACAAAUCUCUCCCUUUGACCGCUUCCUCUCAUCUUCUCUCUCGCUCCAUCUCCAUGCCACAACAAACCCACGGAAUCCGGGACU